UUGAUCAAACAAACAAACAAACAAACAAACAAUGAGAGUAACUGGUGACUUGAAGAAUGUGAGAACUGAACUAGCAACUGAGAAUGGAAUUCACCAUGGGGCCACGCUCAACAUUUUCUCCAGCUUCUCUUCUCUCACCACCACCAAGCGGGCGACCAAAGGCCCCGACAAACAGCGACCAGCCGACAGCCAUACAUACCAUGCCAGUAAUCAACCCUACGCAAAUGAAGGAAUGCGCGCGCGCGCGCGCACGCCGCCGUACCUUCCCAGCCCUCAUAUCUUAAGAGCUGUCGUGUAUGUAUCCUCCCUCCCCUCUUCUGCAUUAUUGUCGUGAGCGAGGGUUGGAGGUGUGAU